UGACGGCGCUGAUGUCGCCUCAGUCGCGCCGGGCUUGACAAGUGAAGAACAAGAUUUGAUUUGUUUACAGUGGUUUUCUUAGAGUUUUUCCACGAAAAUGGCUGGAAAACGGAAAGCAGACGCUCCCAUUCCUGCCGAAGAGAAUGAUUUGCUGCUCAUAAAGCCUCUGGGUGCUGGUCAGGAAGUGGGCAGAUCCUGCAUCAUGCUGGAGUUUAAGGGGAAGAAAAUUAUGCUUGAUUGUGGGAUUCAUCCGGGACUGAGCGGCAUGGAUGCUCUUCCUUUCGUGGAUUUAAUAGAGCCCGAAGAGGUGGAUUUGCUCUUCAUUUCGCAUUUUCAUCUGGAUCACUGCGGAGCUCUGCCGUGGUUCCUGCAGAAGACCUCCUUCAAGGGCCGCUGCUUCAUGACGCACGCCACGAAGGCCAUUUAUCGCUGGAUGCUGUCGGAUUACAUCAAAGUCAGCAACAUUUCCACCGAGCAGAUGCUCUACACGGAGGCGGAUUUGGAGGCGAGCAUGGAGAAGAUCGAGACGAUCAACUUCCACGAGGAGAGAGACGUGCUGGGCGUGAGAUUCUGGGCCUACAACGCUGGACACGUGCUGGGCGCGGCGAUGUUCAUGAUUGAGAUUGCCGGCGUGAAGAUUCUCUACACUGGCGACUUCUCGCGCCAGGAGGAUCGCCACCUGAUGGCCGCCGAGAUUCCCACAAUGCGCCCAGACGUGCUGAUCACGGAGUCCACGUACGGGACGCACAUUCACGAGAAGCGGGAGGAUCGCGAGACGCGCUUCACGUCGCUCGUGCAGAAGAUCGUGACGCAGGGCGGAAGAUGUCUGAUUCCGGUGUUUGCGCUGGGCAGAGCGCAGGAACUGCUGCUGAUUCUCGACGAGUACUGGAGCCAGAAUCCCGAAUUGCAGGACAUCCCCAUCUACUACGCCUCGUCGCUGGCCAAGAAGUGCAUGGCUGUGUAUCAGACGUACAUCAAUGCGAUGAACGACAAGAUCCGGCGGCAGAUCGCCGUGAACAAUCCCUUCGUCUUCCGCCACAUCUCCAAUCUCAAGGGCAUCGACCACUUCGAGGACAUCGGGCCGUGCGUCGUGAUGGCGUCGCCGGGCAUGAUGCAGAGCGGCCUGUCGCGCGAGCUGUUCGAGAACUGGUGCACAGACGCCAAGAACGGCGUCAUCAUUGCCGGCUACUGCGUCGAGGGCACGCUGGCGAAGACAAUCCUGUCGGAGCCGGAGGAAAUCGUGACGAUGUCCGGCCAGAAGCUGCCGCUCAACAUGUCCGUGGACUACAUUUCGUUCUCCGCGCACACGGACUACCAGCAGACCAGCGAGUUCAUUCGGCUGCUGAAGCCCAGGCACGUUGUGCUGGUGCACGGCGAGCAGAACGAGAUGAGCCGGCUGAAGUCGGCGCUGCAGCGGGAAUACGAGGCGGAGCAGAACACUCUCAUCUCCUUCUACAAUCCGAGGAACACGCACACGGUGGAGCUGCAUUUCAAGGGCGAGAAGACGGCCAAAGUCAUGGGCACGCUGGCCGUGAAGCGUCCGGACGCGGAUCAGAAGCUGAGCGGCGUGCUGGUGAAGAGAGACUUCAAGUAUCACAUCCUGGCGGCGUCCGAUCUCUCAAAAUACUCCGACAUGAGCAUGUCUGUGGUGACACAGAAGCAGAGUCUCCUGUGGUCGGGCACGCUCAGCACGCUGAAGCUCCUGCUGGAGAGGAUCGGCGGUCCGGGAAGCGUUGAGGCGACGGACACGGACAAGAAGUACCGCAUCUUCAGCUGCAUCGACGUGCAGCUGGAGGGAAAGGUGAUCAUCAUGGAGUGGCAGGCGACGCCGGUGAACGACAUGUUCGCCGACACUGUCCUGGCCACGCUGCUGCAGUCUGACUUGUGCGGCACGACGAUCAAGGGCACGUCGGGGCACAAGGGCGACCGGACGCACUUCAAGGAGUGCCUCGUGGAGACGCUGCAGGACAUGUUCGGCGAGAAGUCGGUGCCCAAGAUGAUCCGCGGCGACGAGUUCCAGGUCAGCGUGGGCGGGAAGAAGGCGAACGUGGAUCUGGAGAAGCUGGAGGUGUCCUGUCCGGAGGACGAGCAGAUGGCGCGGAUGAUCCACACGGCGGUGCAGAAGCUGUAUCAAUCUCUGGUCCUCGGACCGACUAAUUGAAUUAAACACAG